AUGGCCACUCACGUUAUGACUGCGCCCGUCCAGCCCGUCAACCAGAUCUCUGUCUAUGGCCACCCCUCUCCUGUCAACUCUGGAGCGAGCACUCCCGCCAACAACUCGCCCACCUCUCCUCGCCAGCAGUAUCUUCCCCUUCAGACCAGACAGCUCCGACCUCCCAAGGCGCCCCUCUACGUCCCUGCUGCGCUCCGCCCGACUGAGCGGCCAUCGAAGCCAUCACCGCCUACCCCUCCCCGCAGCAUGCACGGCUCUCUAGACAGCUUGAACGACGGGGAGACCAACGAGCCCGUCCCUCGUCGCCCCACUUUGGAGAGCGUCAACAGCGGCGGUAUCAGCAAGCUGGCUGAGGACGAAUGGAUGAAGCAUGAAGACCUCGGCGAGGUUACUGGCCUCCCAACUAGGGAUCACUGGAAGGCGGACUCUGCUUCUUCGAGCUGCGACUCUCCCACCUGCCGUUCCUCCUUUGGUCUCUUCCUCCGUCGCCAUCACUGUCGCCAUUGCGGUCACGUCUUCUGCUCGUCUCACACUCCCCACAUGGUUCCCCUCGACCAGGCUGCGCGCUUCCACCCAGAGGGCGUUCCUUCUCGGGCCUGCGACCUCUGCUGGAGUGCCUACCAGCGCUGGGAAGAGGCUCGCACCGACCGACUCAACAAGAUUCAGCACCAGAUCGACACUCAGGAUGAUGAUACCAACAGCCCUAGCGGGCGCACCUCUACCGAGUCUCUUGAUACCCCGGUAGCAGAUGGUCGGAAGUCUGCGCCUACAACACCUGGUCAGGAGAUUGCCGCCAGUGUCCCUCGGGGCUGGAAUUGGAGCACCUUCUAA